AGGGGGAGGAGAUUUCCCCGUAGACGAGUAAAAAGCGUGGUGGACAAACGUUGCGGGCACUAAGACCGCAAGGCAUUCAUUUCCUCCUCCGGUGGAUGCGGACGCGGGGAGGAGGCGAGCCCGGGAGAGCGAGCGAGCGAGCGAGCGAGGGAGCGAGGAGCUGAGAGCUCAGGCAAUGCUCAACAACCCUGGAUGUAGCUGAGAGAGAGCACGUACCGACUCCGAAAAUCAGCCCCAAUGAACAUGUCAGUGUUGACUUUACAAGAAUACGAAUUCGAAAAGCAGUUCAACGUGAAUGAAGCCAUCCAAUGGAUGCAGGAGAACUGGAAGAAAUCAUUCCUGUUUUCUGCACUGUACGCUGCCUUUAUAUUUGGUGGUCGGCACCUAAUGAACAAACGGGCAAAGUUUGAGCUGAGAAAGCCAUUAGUGCUCUGGUCUCUGACCCUCGCUGUCUUCAGUACAUUCGGUGCUCUUCGAACUGGUGCUUACAUGGUGUACAUAUUGAUGACCAAAGGCCUGAAACAGUCAGUUUGUGACCAGAGUUUUUACAAUGGACCCAUCAGCAAAUUCUGGGCUUAUGCAUUUGUAGUAAGCAAAGCACCGGAACUAGGAGAUACAAUCUUCAUUAUCUUGAGGAAGCAGAAGUUGAUCUUCCUGCACUGGUACCACCACAUCACUGUGCUCCUGUACUCUUGGUACUCCUACAAAGACAUGGUGGCCGGGGGUGGUUGGUUCAUGACGAUGAACUAUGGCGUGCAUGCCGUAAUGUACACUUAUUAUGCCUUGAGGGCUGCUGGUUUCCGCGUCUCUCGGAAGUUUGCCAUGUUCAUCACCUUGUCCCAGAUCACUCAGAUGUUCAUGGGCUGUGUGGUUAACUACCUAGUCUUCUCCUGGAUGCAGCAGGACCAGUGUUACUCUCACUUUCAGAACAUCUUCUGGUCCUCACUCAUGUACCUCAGCUACUUCGUUCUCUUCUGCCAUUUCUUCUUUGAGGCCUACAUCGGCAAAAUGAGGAAAACAUCCAAGGCUGAAUAGUGGUGGAACUGAGGAGGCAGCCAUAGCUCAGGGUCAUCAAUCUAAAAAAAAAAAAAGAAAAAAAUAAAAAGAAAAGAAAAAAGAAGAAAAAAAAAACCCAACCAGACAAAAGAAAAUGGCACAAGGAAAUAAUCACAUAUGGUGCAGCUAAA